AUGGGCAAAAAUGAGAAGAAAAAGGUCCAGAUCCAGAAAAAACUGCCGCGAAAGGCGGGACCCGAAUUGGAAGAGUCCCCUGCGCAAUCAAAAUCGGCAAGUGCAGAAGCUAAGCCCAAAAGCAGGAUGAAACGGAAGGCCACCGAAAAGCUGCGAGAUGCCGAAACUAUGACUGGACUUCCAUCAGCCUCAGAGCCAGACCCUUACUCGAAAAGAACAUCGAUCAGACACAUAUCGAGAAGAUACUCCAAGCCGAUACGUCCUUCGCUUUUAUAUCGGGAUGAGGAAUGGUCUUCCACCAGCACGGAGGAAGAAGAAAAUGAUGAGGAAAAGGUCGACAAAAAGAGGAAGGCAGAAGUGAGCGGAAAAACGGUAAAAGGUCGAACAAAACGCAAAAAGCGAGUGGAAGAAAAGCCUAAAAAGGAACGAAAAGUACCGGUCAAACCACCAGAAAGGAAACAGAGUAUUGGUGCAGAUCCGACGAUGAAAAGGCUGGAAGAGUUGACGCAAAUGGCGUUCGCUAUGGGCAUCGAUAGUGAGGCAAUAGAAGCGAUUAUACCGGAAACGGUAUAGACAUUUUAAGAAGCGCAAAUCUUCGUUGAUUCGUUUCAAUGUCGUUCC